AUGAAUUCCACCAUCUCUGCAAAACUCCUGUUCUUCUUCCUCACGACCUUUCUCUUUACCUCAACUGUUAAAGCCACCCCCACUUUCCUCUACCAAAAUUGUUCAAAAAUCAAAACAAACACCAACAGCACCUACGAAAGAAAGCUCAAAACCCUUUUCUCUUCACUAUCUUCCAACGCCACCAACAACAAUGAAUUCUACAACACCACAAUCCCUAGCAAAAACCCUUCAAACACCGCUUACGGUCUCUUCAUGUGCAGAGGCGACGUUUCAUCUUCCUCCUGCCAGCAAUGCGUCGCAAACGCAACACAGACACUAUCCACAGACUCAGACUGUUCCUUAUCCAAACAAGCAGUAAUCUGGUACGACGAGUGCAUGGUUCGGUACUCCAACGACUCUUUUUUCUCCACCGUCGCUACACGUCCAGGUGUUUUCCUAAUCAACACCGCUAAUAUCACUAACCAAGAAAGCUUCAUGAGUUUGUUGCCGGUUACCAUGAACGAAACAGCAAAUAAAGCUUCGAAUUCUUCUGUUGGUGCUAAGAAAUAUGCUACAAAGGAAGCUAGGAUCUCUGGAUUUCAGACGCUAUACUGUAUGGCUCAGUGUACAGACGAUUUAUCUCAAGAAGACUGCAGUUCAUGUCUUAGUGUUGCCAUUGGAGCUCUUCCACGGUGCUGUACUGGAAAACAAGGAGGAAGAGUUUUAUUUCCUAGCUGUUAUAUUAGGUAUGAAUUGUACCCUUUUUAUACAAGCACUACUCCCUCACCACCACCUUCAACGCCACCGGCGUCUUCAGCACCACCAGGGAUUGUUCCUUCAACAAACACUUCUAAUUUGGGAGGUGGUAGUGGGAUCUCACCAGGGACAAUUGUUGCAAUUGUGGUUCCAAUUACAGUUGUCGCGCUGCUAUUUAUCGUAGGAAUUUGUUUCUUAUGUAUAAGAGGGAGGAAGAAGAAGCAUGACUCUGCUGUAGCACGGGAUCCGAAAACUGAAACCGAUAUUACGGCUGUGGAAUCCUUGAGAUUUGAUUUGAGUACACUUGAAGAAGCUACAAACAAAUUCUCAGAUUCUAAUAAGCUAGGCGAAGGUGGAUUUGGCGAGGUUUACAAGGGCGUGCUUCCGAGCGGGCAACAGAUUGCUGUCAAGAGACUCUCUAAACACUCGGGACAAGGUGGAGAACAAUUUAAGAAUGAAGUUGAACUGGUUGCACAGCUUCAACAUAGAAAUUUAGCUAGGCUUCUAGGAUUUUGCUUGGAAAGAGAAGAAAAGAUACUUGUUUAUGAAUUUGUAGCCAACAAAAGUCUUGACUAUAUUCUUUUUGAUCCUGAAAAACAAAGGUUGUUGUAUUGGACAAAGCGUUACAAGAUUAUUGGAGGGAUUGCUCGGGGUAUUCAAUAUCUUCAUGAAGAUUCCAGGCUUAAAAUUAUUCACCGUGAUCUCAAAGCUAGCAACAUUUUGUUGGAUGGAGAUAUGAAUCCAAAAAUCUCUGAUUUUGGCAUGGCAAAAUUAUUUGGAGUGGAUCAAACUCAAGGAAAUACCAGUAGGAUAGUCGGGACAUAUGGUUACAUGUCUCCAGAGUAUGCAAUGCAUGGAGAUUUCUCUAUUAAGUCUGAUGUAUAUAGUUUCGGAGUUCUCAUUAUGGAGAUUAUAAGUGGCAAGAAGAACAGCUCUUUCUAUGAAACAGGAUUUGCUGAGGAUUUAGUGAACUAUGCUUGGAAACUUUGGAAGAACGGAACACCUUUGGAAUUGGUGGACCAUACAAUAAGAGAAUCCUAUACUCCAAAUGAAGCUAUAAGAUGCAUCCAUAUUGGUUUAUUAUGUGUCCAAGAAGAUCCAGACGAUAGACCUACAAUGGCAACAAUAGUGCUCAUGCUUGAUAGUCACACUGUUACCCUACCGGUACCGAAGCAGCCUGCAUUUUUUCUACAGAGUGGAGCUGAUCCUCACAUGCCAACAAUACAGAUUAGUCAAUCUGAUAAUAGCAAUUGA